UUCCACAACAUGUAUUCUAUCUAUACUCUAAUCAUCCAGGUAAUACAUCUCAAUGACCACAUAUACAUGCAUCAAUUCUAUUUUACUUUCUCGCAUUAAUAUGGAUUUCUCAAUACCAUGCAUAGAACUAAAGUGAAAUAGAUUCUAGCUUAUCAUUCAUCAUAAUGAUUCAUAAAGAAAGUUCUGAAUCUUAUCUCUUUUCGAAAGUUCAUUGGCUUUUGCGGUGCAUAACACAUAUAGUGUCUAUGUUCCUUAGUUUCCAAGCAGUUCUUUCUUUCACAACUGCCAUGGUCUCAUUCCAAAAUUAGAAGACCACCCGGCACAGAAUCAUUCAACCAUUCUUCUAUCUAAAUUAACUGGUAUGCUUGGUGGCGACAGGGAAGUGAACAAGGUAGAGAUCCAGAUAAUCAAGCUGAAGCUUCUUCAGACUAUCUUUGCAAGCCUCAAGAACAUGUCCAUGAUCCGAAUUCCACAGCUUAGUAGUGAUGAAAAAUUCCUCCCUUUUCACAAGACCAGUCUUGAAAGCUUAAGCAAGCGCUUCCCCAACUUCAGGCUCGUUCUUAUAAUCAGCAGCGCAAUCAAAAUGGCGAAAGCCGAUCUUGAUAGCGUUCAGGAUUAGGUCCUUAAUCUCUUUCCCUUCCAUUCGCCAUGUAGACACCCCAUUUUGUCCGGGCUAUAAUAUUCUAAAUUUCGAAGAAUUUAACUCGUUUAAGAUAAGCAAUUGCUAAUUUUGGAUGAACUAUUAAAUAUGCUCAGAAUAUCUAACAUGAGAAUAUAAGAAUAUGUAAUUUGGGUCUUUGGAUUUAGCAAUAGCAAGUCUUAAGAUUCCAUUUUAAAUAUAGGUUAUCGCAACUAAAAUCUUAUCUCCUUUUAUUCUAGGCAGAUUGUUGGGAUAAAGUUUGUGAGGCAAU